AUGAUCUUACGGGAAGACCCCGAAGACGAGGAUAGCUCUGACGAGGGCAACCUGCCGAAAGCGCCGAGAACUCGAACUAAUGAGCCAAUUUGUACAUCCGAAACUGUCUCGCCAAGUGCACCGGCUGCCACUACGGCUAUGUUCUGGAUGACACCAACGACUUGUGGUGGUCGCCCGCAAUGCCGCUACUCGCUGCACCACGACCUGCUCCUGCAGCGACUUCGAGCUGCGCUGCGGGCCUGGCGCCAUAAAUUUGCUGGCGAUGACGACUGA